AUGGGACGUCAUAUAUUGAAACAUGUUUUCGCGGUAGGAGGAAUCUACUGUUCGUUUUUGACAUGGGGUUUAUUGCAAGAGCCUUUGAACACUAGAGUAUGGCCGAACUCUGGCUGUACGUUUCAAGUACCAUACAUAGUCGCAUUGGUACAGGCAACAAUUGCUAUGAUUUGUGGGUUAAUCUAUAUAAAAUGGCAGAAACCUGUGCUUUCUCUAUCGAAAUUUUGGACCAGUCAUACAAGGGAUAUGGCGAUUAUUUCAUUAUCCCAGGCAAUUUCUGCUCCGUUAGCUGCUUACUCGUUAAGCUAUGUGGAUUUCUUGACUUAUAUGUUGGCAAAGUCAUGCAAACUUUUACCGGUGCUGAUGGUCCAUUUGAUUGUGUACCGUACACCAAUUCCAAGAAGUAAGAAAUUAGUGGUACUGUUGGUAACGGUUGGGAUAACAAUAUUCACUUUGGAUGGACAUAAACCUUCUAUGACUGAGAAUGACGUUUCUGAGAGUUCUUCAUCUUCUUCGUUGAUUGGUUUUGUGCUGCUGGGUAGCAGUCUUUUCCUUGAUGGAUUAACCAACGCUAAACAGGAUAAGCUAUUCCAGAAGGCCACUUAUAAGAUCACUGGUGCUCAUCUCAUGUUUGCAUUAAACUUCUUCCUAAUUGUAUGGAACGUAAUAUAUAUGGUUCUAGUUGAUAGACAACAAUUGGCAAAAGGUUUGAAGAUGUUACAUGCGGAUCCAGAAAUUAGUCGUUAUCUUCUGGCAUACGCCUGUUGCGGCGCAAUCGGUCAAUGCUUUAUCUUCUACACUUUGGAACAGUACGGAUCGUUGGUGUUAGUAAUGGUCACCGUGACUAGAAAGAUGUUUUCUAUGAUCUUAAGCAUAAUCGUCUACGGACACCAAGUCACACUGUGGCAAUGGGUAGGAAUUGUGAUAGUGUUCACCGGUGUGGUAUGUGAGUCUAUGGGAAAGAAGAAUAAAGCAAAAGAAGGAAAUAUUAUUAAUGAAGAAAAGGUAAAACAGUCUUGA